CGGCCUCUCACCCCCCUUUAGCCAUAUCGAAUUUGAUCUAUUGUCCGAUGGGGAGCUAGGUAGACAUCCUGUCUCUACCUAGACUUCUUUCAUACGUACUUGUGACUCCUCCCCAAGCACUGGCAUCUGUGCUUGUUCCUCUCUACUGAGCCUUUAAAAGGCUUACUGCCCUCGGGGCAAGCAAGGAACAAUAAUAAUGGCAGCUCAGACUGCAUACUAUGGAGCCUACCUAGGUCAGCAAAAAAUUGAGGCUGGUCCCUGUUUUGCCCCUAGGACUUCCAUUCCUCGACCGCUCUCCGAAGCAACGGAUAUCCUCGAUAGCGAUCAUGACGACGACGACGAUGAUGAUUUGAGCUAUCCCGAGGAUUCUCCUUUCACUAGUGUCGCUUCGUUUGGCGCGGGAAGUGUUUCGACGGCGUCGACGCCGAACGAAGCAACAACUCCGGAGUCGACUGGCUUGACCGCGUUCGAUUUCCACAUCGACGAGAAGACCGUAAAAGGCCCGAAUGGGCCUCACCUGUUCCGACUGUCUUCAGAUACCUCGGACUCUAUCCAUGAAAUCGAGACGGGCGUGCAUAUUGAACGACCGCCCAGCACGCUCGUGCCCUUCUACCAAUCGGCAUCCAAGCUCGAUCCCAUCAGGAGGGAUACCCCGGUCCCAAACCGGGUUUCUUCAACUCCACAGCCUCAGGCACAACCUCACUCCCGACAGGGGUCCCUUGCCAGUCAAGGUUCUACGCAGAGCGUCCCAGAUGUUCGGGAUUGGACCCCGAAAGACGUGGUGGGCUGGCUGCACGCUAGCGCGUUCGACGACGGCAUCAUCCAUACGUUCUUCGUCAAUGACAUCUCAGGGCUCAUCCUCCUAGAGCUCCAGACGCAGGACCUCAAGGAGCUUGGCAUACAGUCGUUUGGAAAACGGCACAUGCUGAUGAAUGCGAUCCAAAACCUGCGAAAUGGCCCUACCAUCAACCGUGCGGACUCUCGGGCCUCCGAAAAUCGCUCGUCUUAUCGAGCGAUACCCCCGACUCCUUCCACGGGAAUCACGGCCACAAGUGGUUACAGCUCCAGCAGCUCAGUGACCGACGGGGAAAGGUCGCGGGAAAGUUCAAACGGAAGUCGGCGACGCCGUCAUCAGCAGACUGAUCCCCCGCAAAAACCUAGAGACCUUGAACCGGGCGACUCGGCCUCGAUCGUGGCCAUCGAGCAAAUCCUGCCCAGACUACACAGCUGCUCCAAGGGAGAGAACUGUCGCAAGUGGCAAAAGCAACAAGCUAAAUUGGCCCAUCUUGCCAGAGACUUGCCCGCUGGUGCUGUGAAUGGCAGAAUCAUCCUCACAGGCGACCCGGGAAAUCCUAAGACGGCUCCAAACCUCGUGAAGACGCCCAAGUCAGAUGUCACUCCCUCCCUUGUUGCCUCGUCUGAUAUCAUGGGACCCCUUCAAUCUCCGGGACUCCAGUUGUCAAAGGAAAAAUUGAACGAGGUCCAGCCGAGAGAUCCCCAGGAGAACGUGAGAAACUUCCUGAGUUUCCAGACCUUGAGCAAACUGCAGCCAGUGUCCCAGCCUGGAACUCCCCCGAAGGAAACCGUGCCAUCGCCCGAGUCGGACCAACAAGGGUCUGCCAAGGCUAACCCGACAUUGAGUGAGAACCUGCGACAUCUUCCCAAACUUCAGAUCCCCGGCUCGGGCGAGGAGCAGGACACGAAUUUGGCACCCAACUGGUCUUCCCAGCGCACAGCCACACCCUCGAUGACGCGCAAUAGGGCGUAUUUCGGACAGAAUGGUGACGAGGAUGAGGAGCUGACAGCGAUCCCUCGUGGACAGCGUUAUGCUUACGGUACAACGGCCUCCCCGGGGGAUUUCUACCGAUCGGACCCCCAUUACGGACAGGACACCCCUCUGUCUGACAUGGAUGCCCCUAUGACCGCAUUCCCCCUCAACAUGGUGCCGCGCGAGGAAUCGCAGUCCGUGCCCCCUAACAUGCGCUUCGGUACAAAUCGUUAUCUGCAGGCUGACCAAAUCAUUCGACCGGCCUCCACCAAGACCGGGAAUCACCGCCGGAACACCUCCCACAGUGAUGUCCCGCGCUUGGUUUCCCUCGACGAGCGCCGUGCCGUCAACCCCAUUGAGACCCCCGAAGACCUGGAAAAUACCCCACGUCUGGGCGGAUGUUACAGAAAUGGCGUUUCUGUUUCUUCCCCCACGCGACGGUCUCCUACCGACGUGACCCAUAGUGGCUGGAUGAAAAAGCGAAAGACUACGCGAAUUUUGCGCCACGAGUGGGAUGACCACCACUUCACUUUGCAAGGAACCCAGCUGGCCAUGCACAACGACGAAGAAUCAGCCCGGCGAAACUCCAAAGCGCUGGAACACAUCGAUGUGGAUGACUAUGCCGUUGCCUGCUCGUCACUUGCCUCGAGCUCCAAGUUGACCGCGGCCUUCAAGAAGACGGUCCUGAAGCGCAAAGAUUUUCCCAUGAACGAGGCCGCCUUUGGGUUCUCGUUGAUCCCCGCAACCAACAAUGGAGGCAGCACCGUUGACAAGAAGGCCCUGUUCCUGAACAGCGGCAAGAGCCACCAUUUUGCCGUCAAGACCCGAGACGAGCGCAUCGACUGGAUGCGAGAACUGAUGCUGGCGAAAGCUCUCAAGCGCGGUCGGGACAGUGGAGCCUUUGUGAAUGUCAACGGAAAUGUCAUCUAGACCUCUAUUACCUGCUGUCAUUUUCCUUUUUUAUCAGUUUGCUUUUGACCCUCAAGAUACCCGUUUCGAAUUCUCUUGCCUGCAGCGAAGUCA